AUGGCGCCGUUCCCGCGCUGGGCUGACCUGCUGCCAGAUCUCCUCUGCCGCAUCGGAGACCGCCUGGACCUCAAGUGGUACGCGAGCGCGCGGGGCGCCUGCACGGCGUGGCGCUGCGCGCUCGCGCCGCCGUCGCCGACGCUCCUCGUGGUCGCCGCCGACGACAACUCCCGCUGGUGCCCCUACGCCGCUUCCCUCCCGACGCGGAGGUCCUUCGAGCUCACCGCCGUCGUCUCGGGAAGCCGCUGCGUUGGCUCCAGCAGCAACGGCUGGCUCGCGCUCUCCGUCGCCCUCUCCAGCUACGAGACCGUUCUGGUGCUCCUCAACCCCGUCGCCGCCGUGGAGAUCCUCCUCCCGCCGCUGAUCUACGACAGCCGCUGGGUUUCCAAGGUCGUCUUCACCCCGAACCCCACCAAGGACGACUUCGCCGCCGCGACGAUAUGCGAAAAUAACAGUAUCGCGUACGUCACCGCCGGUGCCAGGAGGUGGGCCGUCGUGGACCUCGACUGCCUCACCAGCGGGGACCAUCUCGUCGACGUCGUCUACACCGACAAAGGUAGUAAGGUCUACUGCCUCACCAAGUGCGGCGACGUGUAUGUGCUCCGUCUCCCUGAGCGCCGGCACCGCCGGAAGCCUGCCAACGUCGUCGAUGAAGAAGCAGGCGGGCCCUCAUCGGAGCCAGCAGAGUUCUCUGUUCUCCGGCCAUCCUACUAUAAGGAACUUCUUGCACCUUCACCUGAUCAAUCGCAAGGACCACACCUGAAUCCGCCAGCCAUUGUUGAGCCCUUGUUGUCUGAGGCCAACCUCCCAUUCAACCCUGCAACUGUCUUUCCACCAUCCUAUGACAUUGUGUCAUCCUUCACUAGUGCCAAGAAUUUGGUGUUGUGUGAGGGAAAUCUGUACCAAGUUUGGAGGAACCAGAGCUGCACUGUUACUCUGCAGCUGCCUGCAGCUGCAGGAGGUCAUCAGCGUCGCCGCCGCGUCGCGGAGAAUGAGAUAUUGGUGCUUAGGUACUAUCCUCGACGGCAGCAGCCUUGCUGGGAUGUGGUGAAGGAUCUGGGAGGUCACUCGUUUUUUGUGGGGAGGAACAAUGCAGUGUCAGUGUAUGCAAAGGGAAAGGGUGUGCCAGGACUGAGGGGCAACUGUGUUUACUGGAUUGGUGGGCGUGGUAAGGAUGAAGGCAUGGUUUUUGACAUGAAAUCUGGGAUGUCCACGCCGUGCGGGGCUCCUCCGGUUGGCUUUUUACAUGGGCAUCCACAUAGCACAAUCUGCUGGUACUUCUUGAGCGAUAUGUAAUGACUAAUGGGCAUCAACAACAACUGCAACAAUAGCGUCAGCUCAUAUGGAGAUGUGCCAGUUGUAGGUCAAACAAGGAUAAUGAUGAAUGAAGGGCACUGAUUGUGUCCGCGCCUAGCAUAUGACCUGGAUUUCAUUUGUAUUCUUGUAUAUUCAUUGAUCACUUGCCACGUCGGUAUAUCACUCUACACUUGCUUUGCAUUUACCUUCAUAUUUAUC